GACAUCAUUGGGAGCGGGGACUCAAAGAUCGUCUACAAUCUGCUUGAGCCCGACGACUCAAAGGUAGCGUUCCAGGACUUGUUCUCCGAAGUCCACUGGCAGCGUAUGUACCAUGCUGCUGGCGAGGUGCCACGACUGGUGUGCUGCCAAGGCGAGAUCGAAGCUACAGACGGUAGUAUGCCUGUGUACCGACAUCCCUCGGACCAAUCGCUGCCUCUACUACACUGGAGCCCUGUCGUCGCCAAGAUCAAAGAAAGAGCUGAAGCAAGAGUCGGACACACCUUGAAUCAUGCCCUGAUACAGCUAUACCGAAGUGGCCAAGAUCACAUCUCAGAGCAUUCGGAUAAGACACUAGACAUUGUGUAUGGCAGCAAGAUUGUCAAUGUCUCGCUCGGUGCCCAGCGUACAAUGAGGCUUCGCACCAAACGUCCCACAACCAUGCAGGCUCCGGACUCCAAUCUUGACAAAAUGCAGAAUGACCGUUCCCGUGUUACACAACGUAUCCCUAUGCCCCACAACAGUAUGUUCGUCAUGGGUCUAGAAACGAACGGAUCUUGGCUGCAUGGCAUCACGCCAGACAAGCGACCAGCUGUCGAACGCACCCCCACAGAAUCUGCCUACGGCAACAUGCGCAUCUCGAUAACCUUUCGUCAGAUCGGUACCUUCCUGUCGGCUGACUCGGACCUAAUCUGGGGUCAAGGUGCUGUUGCAAAGGAGAAAAUAGAGGCAAGACCGACCAUCAACGGCAAUCCUGAAGAGAGUCAAAGACUUAUCGAUGCGUUUGGCUUUGAGAAUCAAGGCACGGCACCUGACUGGAACGUCAUUUAUGGCACUGGCUUCGAUGUACUACAUAUCAAGUCUGAGUUGCCGGAA